AUGGCCGCUUUUGUUCAAUGGCUGAAUCAAGAGACUGGUCUUCAGUCUCUCCGCACCUAUGGCAACAAGGACAUUUAUCUGAUCUUACUAACACGGUUCCUUCGAAUGUUUGCCUACGGAGGUGCUGCUCUCGUUCUGGCAGUCUUCUUAUGGAUAGCAGGAUAUGGCAAACAGAUCGGAACAUUUAUGACAUUGACUCUGCUCGGCGAUGCCGCUAUCAGCUAUGGCCUCACGAUUGUUGCAGACAAACUUGGCCGUAGACGAGUUCUGAUGGUUGGCUCGUUGCUCAUGGCCUUUUCGGGCGCAGUCUUUGCUUUGACGAAGAACUGGUAUCUGCUCUUGUUCGCUGCCAUAGUCGGAGUCAUUACCCCAGGAGCUCAUGAGGUUGGCCCAUUCCGUGCUGUGGAGGAAGCUAUUCUUGCACAACUCUCACCGCUCGAAGCGCGGACUGAUGUCUUUGCCUGGUUUGCCGUCUCUUCGACUGUUGCCAUGGCAUGUGGGCUGUUUGUGACCGGCAUGCUAACAUGGGCACAACGCACUUACCUCAACCGGGAUUGGAAAGAGACCUACCAACCAAUUUUCGGCGUCUAUGCGGUGAUUGGACUGAUCAAGUUCUUCGUCACUCUGCUUUUGAGUGACAAUUGCGAAGCAAGUUCCGCAUCCAAAUAUGCGUGGGCUGCGACGACUACGGUCGAGGAAGUCCCUUCUCCUUCUUCGUCCGAAGAGACCAACCUACUGUCUCGUCGGUCAUCGAUUGCCAAACAACCGCGCACAUCAGCUGCCGGCCCCGCAGAGAAAUCCCUUGCAUACCGAUUUCGCAAGUCCUUGGCAUCACCUUGGAAGGUUUCACGCUCGUCCUUGCCAAUACUACUGCGACUGUCGUUUCUUUACGCUUUGAAUUCCUUUGCUGCAGGAAUGCUUCCUUUGACUCUGAUGUCCUGGUACGUGAAUUAUCGGAGCCGCUGGUUUCUUAUGCAUCGGGUCGGCUAUGUUUUAUCGGUGGUCUGGCUUCUUUCAAGCCUCUCGAAUCUAUUUUCGGCAGCCGUCGCACGUCGUCUAGGUCUGGUCCGUGCCAUGGUCUAUACACAUCUUCCAUGCGCCCUCUUUCUGGCUUUGAUCCCAUUAGCAGCAAAGACGUGGUAUCUACUCGCCAUUCUGAUGCUUGCCGAUGGAGUCUUUAACAGCAUGGACCAAGCACCUCGGGAAGCCUUUGUUGCGGCGGUUUUUCUACCUCGCGAAAGGACGCAGGCUAUCGGCACGCUCAAUUUCGUGAGGACAUUGGCAGCGAGUCUGGGACCGAUGGUCACAGCCUACGUAUGGACGAAAGAGAGAUGGUGGAUCCCUUUCGAACUCGCGGCAGCAUUGAAGAUGUGUUAUGAUGUUGGCUUGCUAGUUAUGUUCCUAAAUACGCCACUACCCGAAGAACGAAGACGAUCCGAACUUGAGACUGGGUCCGACCAGCAGGAGAUGGCAAUGACUGCGGCAGAAAUGGAUGUGAAUAUUUUGAUGGAUGAGUAUAGUGCGCAAGAACUGGCACCUCCAAGCACCUUUGAAGUUAGUGACGAUGAGGAAGAAGAGGAAGAGCGCACGCUGGUAGGAGAUGAGCAAGAUACGAGUGUGCGACGGAAGUACGGUGAUUGA